ACCGUCCAGACGUUCCUCCAGGCUCCAGCUCUCUCUCUCUCUCUCUCCGUUUCGGGAUUGCUUCCAUUUUCAAGAUUUUUUCAGGUGAACAUAUUGCGUAUCUUCUGGCGAAACUGGAACUAUAAUUAAUUGCUGCUCUUCUUCUCGAAUCUCGACUUCUUCUGCCAGAGAUUUAACGCAUAGCCUCUUGUUCAGCUUUUUCAGCGGUCUCUGGGUUAUCUCAAAAACCAGGGAAUGCUGAAAGAUGUGCUUGAAAGCUGAGAGUUCCUUCUAUGAGGAUGAUGUGGUUGUUGCUUCUUUUGGUCUGCCCUUGUUUAUCUUUAAUGAGAUCGGGUAUUUGACUCAUACCCCAUUACGCUUCUGUGAUCAAAUUCCCUUUGCGGUUAAAAAUUUAAGACAACACAUAAUUUCAAAAUAUGAUGUCUGUGAAGAUGGUUGAGCUUUUAUGUUGACGAGAUCAGUUGUUUUCUCGUACAUACAUACAUAUAAAUAAAAAAACAAUAUUGCAGUAGCAGGUACAAGUAAAAUAUUUUGUCAUGGAAAACAAAGGGAGUAUAUUGAUGCAGCGGUACGAAUUAGGAAGACAAUUGGGCCAAGGUACCUUUGCCAAGGUUUACCACGCAAGGAACCUUAAGACUGGCAUGAGUGUGGCCAUUAAGGUAAUUGAUAAAGAGAAGAUCUUGAAGGUUGGGAUGAUUGAUCAGAUUAAGAGGGAAAUUUCUGUGAUGGGAUUGGUUAGACAUCAAAACGUGGUGGAGCUUUAUGAAGUAAUGGCCAGCAAAACCAAGAUUUACUUUGUUAUGGAAUAUGCUAAAGGUGGUGAGUUGUUCAGCAAGGUAGCCAAAGGAAAACUUAAAGAGGAUGUUGCUAGAAGAUAUUUCCAACAGUUGAUCAGUGCUGUUGACUACUGCCACAGUCGAGGUGUGUUCCAUCGGGAUUUGAAGCCAGAAAACCUACUGUUGGAUGAGAAUGGGAAUCUAAAGGUUUCGGAUUUUGGACUGAGUGCACUUGCUGAAUCUAAGCGUCAAGAUGGGUUGCUCCAUACAACCUGUGGAACUCCUGCAUAUGUUGCUCCAGAGGUGAUUAACCGAAAAGGCUACGAUGGAUCCAAAGCAGAUAUUUGGUCUUGUGGGGUGAUUUUAUUUGUUCUGUUGGCUGGCUAUCUCCCAUUCCAUGAUGCAAAUCUGAUGGAGAUGUAUAGAAAGAUUGGUAAGGGUGAAUUUAAAUUCCCAAACUGGUUUGGCCCUGAAGUUCGCAGAUUGUUGUCAAAGAUUUUGGAUCCAAACCCAAAUACCAGGAUAUCCAUGGCCAAGAUAAUGGAUAAUUCAUGGUUCCGGAGGGGGUUGGCUCCCAAAUCCAGAAUUAUUCAAUCAGAGGUGAAAGAGCCUGCCCUUCUGGAUGCUGAUGCGGUUUUUGGACAAAAUGAGAAUAACAUCUCCAUUACAGAAUCGAAACAAGAUCUGGCAACGCCCUCUAACUUGAAUGCUUUUGAUAUCAUCUCCUUUUCUGCUGGCUUUGAUUUGUCUGGUUUAUUUGAGAACGCUGACCAGAAGAAAGAAGUGCGAUUUACAUCCAACAAACCUGCCUCAACAAUAAUCUCGAAGCUGGAAGACAUUGGAAAGCGACUAAGACUGAAAGUGAAAAAGAAAGAUGGGGGGUUACUGAAAAUGGAGGGGUCCAAGGAAGGCAGGAAAGGGCUGUUGGGAAUUGACACCGAGAUCUUUGAGAUCACUCCACUUUUCCAUUUGGUGGAGAUGAAAAAGUCGAGUGGAGAUACACUGGAGUACCAAAAGAUGUUGAAAGAGGAGAUAAGACCAGGUCUCAAGGACAUUGUUUGGACCUGGCAAGGAGAGCAGCAGCAGCAGCAGCAACAACAGCAAGAAGAAGAAGAAGAACCACCUCCUGCUCUUCCGCAGCAGCCCAUUUCGCCUCUGGAUUCAUAGAAGCCUCGUGUAUCCUGUGGAUUAAUAAUAAAGUUUGUGUAUGUAACGUUAUUUUCUUUAUCUUUGAAGUUUAUCAUUGUGACUGGAGAGAAUAAUUACAGAAAACCGUUAUUAAUUUUAACGUUGUUGGAUUU